UUGACAUUUGACAGUUCACAUGUUGGUUGUAUUCAUACCGAUUUACAAACACCGACUGCGCAUCGUAUUUGGCAUAUUUCUAGUGGAAUUAACGAAUUUCUCCCGCAUUUCUUCAAUUAUGUGAUAGAAUCAAACACAAACCACCUCAGCACACGUGUACUUUAGCGAUAAAGCGCCAACUCUUCACAAUGGAAGACGUCGCAGCAGCGUCUCCGCACGCUGAAGAGAACACAAACCCCCAAUCGACGUCGCCGCAGAGAAAUGGCAUUGUAUCACCAGACUACAUCAAAUCCAAUUCCGGAUCAUCACUGAAAGACUGUGAGGACCAGACUUCACUGAAACCAGCCUCUGAAGACAAUGAGGGUGCACUCAAUACAUCAAAAUCCCCCUCACGAUCGCGCUCGCCUUCCAGGAGCGUCCAUUCGAAGUCACGGUCGAGAUCGCGCUCCAACUCCGACUCCAGAAAGAGCAGAUCUCGUUCAAGGUCACGCUCAAGAUCACAUUCCGGUUCUCGCUCCCGAUCUGGUUCACCAGCCAGAGACUCCAAACAUGGUUCCAGGUCAAGAUCACGUUCUAAGAAUCGCAGUCGCUCGCGAUCAGGAUCCGCAUCCCAGCGGAAAUCUAGAUCUAGAUCAAGAUCUGGUUCCGGGUCCAGAAAGGGUUCAAUUUCUCCAAAUUCUAAGCGGAAUAGCCGCUCGCGGAGUCGAUCUAGGAUUAGAUCCAGGUCUAGGUCGGGUUCCAGGUCCAGAUCACGUUCGGGUUCUCGACGAUCAAGAUCAAGAUCACGUUCUGGCUCACGAUCAAGAUCUCGAUCCCGCUCGGGUUCUGGCCAUCGAUCGAGAUCCGGCUCCCGCAGUCGAUCAAGAUCCAGGAGUGGAUCCAGGCGAUCACGGUCGGGAUCAAGGUCAAAGUCUAGGUCCAGGUCCAGAUCUCGUAGUAGUCGAUCUUCUAGAUCGAGAUCUGGUUCGCGAUCACGGUCGAGAUCAAGAAGUCGUUCAAGGUCACGAUCAAGGUCGAAAUCUCGGUCGAGGUCUCGAUCACGUUCGGGAUCUCGAUCUGGUGCUAGCAGGAAAAGACGCGCGUCUUCCGGUUCGGAAGGUAGAUCACCAUCUAAGCACGAACAUGAUAGCAAUGAAGCGGGAAUCAGAUGGCGCGCCACCUGCUGCCCGAAAACUUCUGUCCUGCCGAAUAUCUCGGACGAUUCCGAUGAUGAAAUUGAUCCGGAUCGCGAAACCAGUGGUAUUUUUCGACUUAUCACCCAGUAUUAUCAUUGCGCAAAAGACUGUGAGGACCAGACUUCACUGAAACCAGCCUCUGAAGACAAUGAGGGUGCACUCAAUACAUCAAAAUCCCCCUCACGAUCUCGCUCGCCUUCCAGGAGCGUCCAUUCGAAGUCACGGUCGAGAUCUCGCUCCAACUCCGACUCCAGAAAGAGCAGAUCUCGUUCAAGGUCACGCUCAAGAUCACAUUCGGGUUCGCGUUCCCGAUCUGGUUCACCAGCCAGAGACUCCAAACACGGUUCCAGAUCAAGAUCACGCUCUAAAAAUCGUAGCCGCUCGCGAUCAGGAUCCGCAUCCCAGCGGAAAUCUAGAUCUAGAUCAAGAUCUGGUUCUGGGUCCAGAAAGGGUUCAAUUUCACCCAGUUCUAAGCGGAAUAGCCGCUCGCGGAGUCGAUCUAGGAUCAGAUCCAGGUCUAGAUCGGGUUCUAGGUCCAGAUCACGUUCGGGUUCUCGACGAUCAAGAUCAAGGUCACGUUCUGGCUCACGAUCAAGAUCCCGAUCCCGCUCGGGUUCUGGCCAUCGAUCGAGAUCCGGCUCCCGCAGUCGAUCGAGAUCCAGGAGUGGAUCCAGACGAUCUCGGUCGGGAUCAAGGUCAAAGUCGAGAUCCAGGUCUAGGUCUCGCAGUAGUCGAUCUUCUAGAUCGAGGUCUGGUUCACGAUCACGGUCGAGAUCAAGAAGUCGUUCAAGGUCACGAUCAAGGUCGAAAUCUCGAUCGAGGUCUCGAUCACGUUCGGGAUCUCGAUCUGGUCACGAACAUGAUAGCAAUGAAGCGGGACCAUCGAAUGGCGCGCCACCUGCUGCCGAAACUUCUGUCCUGCCGAAUAUCUCGGACGAUUCCGAUGAUGAAAUUGAUCCGGAUCGCGAAAACCAAAAUCAUGGCAUAUCUGAUUUUGAUGCUAUGCUGCAACGCAAACGUGAAGAACAAACGAAGCGAAGAAAGCGGCGUGAUAUUGAUAUCAUCAACGAUAAUGAUGAUAUUAUCGCGCAAUUGUUGACUGAUAUGAGGAAUGCGGCCGAGGAUGACCGCAGACUGAACCAGGCGUCACAACCUGCCACGAAGAAGAUUGGCAUGCUGCAAAAAGCGAUGUCGCAGAUGAAGAAACAUGAUUUGCAGUUGGCGUUUAUCGAACACAAUGCUCUGAGUGUUCUGACUGAUUGGUUGGCGCCGAUGCCGGAUAGAUCUAUGCCUUCGUUACAGAUUCGCGAUGCCAUUUUGAAACUGUUGUCGGAUUUCCCGAGGAUUGAUCAGCAAUCGUUGAAACAAUCUGGUAUUGGUAAGGCUGUUAUGUACUUGUAUAAACAUCCAAAGGAGACGAAAGAGAAUAGAGAACGCGCUGGGAAACUUAUCAGUGAAUGGGCGAGGCCUAUUUUUAAUUUAUCUGCUGAUUUUAAAGCUAUGUCUAGAGAAGAGCGUCUCCAGCGGGAUAUUGAACAAAUGCCGAAAAGACGCCGUGAAAGCGAUGAGGGUUCUUCCAGUAGACGCGAUAAAGACAUUUCGAAAGCACUUAAUGAAGAUGGAAAACCUCUACGACCAGGUGAUAAAGGAUGGGUUGCACGGGCACGCGUUCCAAUGCCUUCAAAUAAAGACUAUCUGGUUAGACCAAAGUGGCAAUCUGAGGUGGACAUUAGUAGAUCAUCGAAGAAAGCCAUGAAUCGAUUCGAGCGCCAUUACAAGAAUUUCAUCGACGGCAAACGAGCGAAACAAAGCCGGCGAGCUGUCGAAAUUUCAAUAGAAGGCAGGAAUAUGGCUUUGUAAGCAAUUUAGUAUUAAGGUAAUCUUCUGAUUUGAUUUCUUUACCACCGUGCCGAAUUAUUUAUAUUUACAGCGGUGUAUUGACGAAUAAAAAUAAUUUU